AUGGAGGAGAAAGGGGAGCACAGCCUACAUGGGGACUCCGUGAGUGUCUCUACGGACUUCAGGUCUUACCAAGAACGUGUUACCGCCUCACUGGUCGCCGUGACCCGACAGGUCAGCGGCUUGUCUAACCAGGAUCUAAGCUUCCAUCGCUCCUCCAGCGAACAGGUCUCUCGUUCCCUCGACCGACAGAAUGCCCAUCUACUCCGUCUCACCAACAAGUUGUUGAAAGUCGCGACCCAAGAUGCGAGCGUCAAGACCCCUCAGCUCAAGGACCAGGAUGGCAUCGAUGAUGACUGGCGCGGCUUGGUCGAUGUUUUUGACGACCUGCUUGAGAAGGCCGAUGCUUCUCUAGAUGAGUUCACUGGUGCUAUCAAACGCCUGAGUCCAUCUGUCCCAGAUCGUACGCAGACGCCCCCAAGACCUCAGAACGUUCCCAACUCUCGUUUUCCCCCAUUCAAAAUUGAGAAGCCUCAGUUACUCUUCAACAGGAAAGUGAACAAUUUCGAGACUGCGCCGUGGAAACCUCUGCUCUCCAGUAAGCCACAUGCCCUCGUACCGUUGGAGGACAGUAUUGGCAAUGCCACUACAGGAUACCGAAACCCCUACCGAGAAGAGAUCGAGAACUACCAAUAUCCACCAAGAGUCUACCAGCAAGCCGAGCCUAUACCAUAUCGUCCCCCACAGGAAGCUCCGGCCAUCUAUGUCGAUACCGAAGAUGCUGUUGCUGAGAUGCUGCAAGAGUUGAAAGCAGCGGAUGAGAUAGCAGUUGACCUUGAGCAUCACGAUUUCCAUUCUUACGGCGGAAUAGUAUGUUUGAUGCAGAUCAGUACUCGCAACAAGGACUGGCUAGUGGACACCCUCAUGCCGUGGCGCGAGAAUCUGCAGGUUCUAAACGAGGUGUUCGCCAAUCCUGCCAUAGUCAAGGUCUUCCACGGCUCAGCAAUGGACAUGAUCUGGCUACAACGCGAUCUAGGUCUCUACGUCGUGGGCCUUUUCGAUACCUACUACGCGGCUGAGGCCCUGGACUUCCCCGGUAGAGGUCUCAAGCAUUUAUUACUACAGUUCGUCAACUUUGAGGCUCAGAAGCAAUAUCAGCUCGCGGACUGGCGGCGCCGUCCUCUUACACCACAGCUUAUCGACUAUGCGAGGUCUGAUACCCAUUACCUACUGUACAUCUACGACAUGAUUCGCAACCUGCUGGUGGAGAAUUCAACACCUGAUAACAACCUGGUCGACCACGUCUUGAAAGGAUCCAAGAAAGAGGCUCUACAAUGCUACGAACGCUUCGUCUACAAUGCCGAGUCCGGUAGAGGUUCACAUGGCUGGUUUGGCAUGAUCACCGACCGCACACUCAACUUCACACCCCAGCAAUUCGCCGUGUUCCGCGCUCUGCACCAGUGGCGUGACACCAGGGGUCGAGAGCUGGACGAAAGCGCUUCUUGGGUGCUACCAAACAGAGCACUAUGGUCUCUGUCUGAAAAUAUGCCUUCCAAUCCGACAAGCCUGUAUGGGACCGUUCGACCAGUACCCGAAUAUCUGCAGAAGGAGGAAGUGAUCAAGGAAGUCUUCCAGCUCAUUCGUGAUGCAAAGGAAGCUAGCAGAAAUGACCCCCAACUACACGAAGCUAUCAAGCAGAACGAGGCCAAAUAUGGCGCUAGACCCCAGAACAGAUGGCGUAAAACCGCUCCCAAGGAAGACUCGAACAAGAGCCACCUGACAGGCCUCGGUGCUACGCUAAAACAGCUUACCGAAAACGGCGACAUGGCUGCGAGUGCAUCUUCAUCCCCACCGGUCGAACCCAAUGUCACAAUCAGCGAACCGAAAGCUGCUCGAUGCAAGAUGUCGGGACUUUGGGGAGGAAUUCCGUCGUUGCAUGUAGGGACAAACUUCGACCCAACGAUUGCUUUGGCUGCUGUGCAGGCUAUUGCGCCGCUGCCCGUGGUUCAGAUGGACUCGUUCACGACAGCGACUGGAAAUCCUAACCAAACUGCAUCACUUCAAGAAGAGGCGGCACCUGUGCCCCAGAGCAUGUCUCCGGCUGACGAUGUGUUCACGUUGAAGGAUGAGUCUCGAGCAUCGCGCAAGCGCAAAGCAGAAGAAGCCUUGGAGCCCGAGCCGGAUGUUGAGCUGGCGUUCCGCGCUCCUGCUCCCGCAGCUCCCGAGGCCUAUACACGACCCGGCGAAGGCUCUGCCACCAUCAGUGCCGAGCGCCUCUCGGCUAAGCAGCAACGCAAAGCGGAGAAGAGGGCUCGCAAGGCAGCCAAGCUUGAAGAACAGGAGCGUCAGGCUCGCGAGAUGGUGCCUUUCGACUACGACGCGGCCGAACCCCUGCUUGAGCCUAAAGAUGUCGCCAAGAAGGACGUGGGCAAGAGUAAGGGCAAAGUUCAAGUGAUGAAUCCUUUCGCAAAGGCACUUGAUACUGGCACCGGCGCGCGUCGCAAUAACCUGGCGAAAGAAGGCGCUGGCAGGAGCAUGACGUUCAAGUCGUGA